AUGACUGAUUAUUAUAAGAUUUUAGAGCUUGACAGAAGAGCUACAAAUGAUCAAAUAGUGUCAUCUUUCAAGCGCCUUGCUAAGAAGUUUCAUCCAAUGAACAGUAAGAUUGACAUGGCUACUAAUGCUAAACAAUUCGCUAAUGUGUGAGAAGCAUUUGAAGUACUCUCAAACGAAAAAUACAAGGCCAUCUUUGAUGCCUAUGGAGAGAUUGUACUCAAGCAUGGAUUUGAUCCAAAGCUCAAGAUGAACUUUGAAGGAGCAUACCAGUUCAAAGGAAACGCUACUGAAAUAUUCAAUGCUUAUUUUGAUACUGGAGUAGAGUUCAGAGAGAAAGAGGAUAAUCGUGAAACUAACUAUCUCAAUUAUUUCGAUAAAAUUGAAGAUGCUAAGAGAGCCCAAGAGGAGGAAGAAAGGAAAAAGAAAAGACCUAGAGACCUUGAAACCAUCAUAGAGUGCAAGUUCUCAGAUAUUAUUGAUGGAAAAUUGGUUAAGGAAGUUGUCCUUGAUGGAAAAUAUAUACCAACAGACAGAGGCUCUCUGUUUUCUCUCAACUUGCAUCAUAUUCUGAUUCCUCCAAAAAAAGCUAACCCUGAAGUACCUUAUCCAUUCAAACUUACUGAUCUGCUUGAGAGCCAUCCUAAGGUAGUCAAAGCUUUAGCUUGCAAGUACUUGAACAUCCCUCUUGACUUGGUAAACCCAAAGACUGUUAUCAAAAUUCCUGGAGAAGGGUACCCUUUCAUCCAGAAAACUUUGAUUGAUGAUCCAGAGAGUAUCGAGCCAGAUGGAAAGCUAACUGUCAUGAAAGAAGCCAGAGGAGAUCUCUACAUAAAAUUCUUGAUCAAGUUCCCAACUAAAAUGACUCUUAAAGAAAGAGAGAAGAUGGUAGAAGUUCUAAAUGAUGAAUAA